GCCGUGACGGACGCUUCAUGGUUACAAGCGAAAAGCAGGUAUCAACAUCUCCUGCUGCGGGUACAAGGCAGUGAACAGAGGAACUAUGAGGAUACCUCUUGCACACUUGUCGUUGGGCCUGGAAAGAAGAGAUGGGGACGGUGACAACAAGGGCCAGAGCAAAGAUCGCAAGGGAACGCAAUUCUACCUGGUCGCCAUUGCCAUCCUCGCAAUCAUCCUCGUUCUCAUUAUAGCAUACUUCAUCCGCUACCGCUGUGUCCGCCACCUCCGCCGCCAAGGGCAUUCAUCUUCUCGAAGUAAGAACGAAAAGCUCCCCUCGCUCUUCAGCUGGCGGAACCUGCUCCCAGGAAAGCGUCGACCCCGUCGCAACGACUACUCUACCACACUGCAGCAAGGAGAUGAGCUCGACCGGGGGCAUGGCCGUCAGAUGAGCAGCGGAGGCGAGAGCGUUUCACUGCAGGACCCGGAGCGCGCAGUCAUGGCUGGCGGAACAGUUGGCAUAGAUCGGAAUACCUCGAUUAGGAGCGUCAUGACGCUGCCAGCAUACUCGCCCUCUGCGCGCGAGAAUGAGCGCAUCAUCGCCCGCGAAGGCGAAAGAGGCGGCAUCGAUACCGUCGUCGAGUUCCCCGAAGCUCCAGAGGAAGAAGAAGCACGCCGCGAGGAGGAGAUGGAAUCGCUCUACCAAAUUCGACUGGCCCGCCGCCAGGAGGCCGCAGAGCGUGAAGCUCGCCGAGAAGCUCGGCGCGCGGCCCGCGCACGAGGGGACAUUCAGGCUCUAGCGGAGCUCCGCCGACGCGCCGACGAAGCAGCAGAAUUCAGCCGCAGUCAGGAACUCAUUGCCUUCCACCAAGCACUCGCUCCGCAACGGGAACGCCGUGUAAGCAGCGUGCAAUACGGCGACCUGGGUCUCGCACGCCAUGACGGAACAAGAGUGCGAGCAAGCUCCAACGCCAGUGAUAGAAGCGACGUGCGGACUGGACUUCUCGACUCCGCGGCCAGCAUCUCCGGCCACAGCACCAGGGGAAAUACACUGCACACGCAUUAUCGUGGACCUUCCGCUGGCUCGAUCGUAACGUCCCGCGCCUCGAGCGAAUUCGAAUAUCCCGAACCCGCAGCUGCGCCAGCGGGCAUUCGUAGGUCCUCUUCCAGCCCCGACGACGACUUCGAAGUUGUUUCCAAUUCGCGGCCGCGCUCGAGAUCGAGGAGCCAGUCCCGGUCUGUGAGCAGAGUAGGGACGCCGGCGUUGGUGAACCCAAGUAUAGAGAUUCCGAGGGAGGAGGCACCCGCGUAUGAGAACCCGCCGAAUUAUGAAUCUCCGGUGGAGACGAGGGCGCCCGGGUUGGGGAUGCAGAGUGUGGAGCGGGUGCCGAGUAUUCAGGUGACGCCGGAGGGUGCAAGCGAGGGGCGGAGUGCAUCGCCGAGAUGAGGAUAAUGAUGAGGACGGUCACAUAAUUUCUGUGGAUGGAGGAUCUUAAAGACAUUUCCCAGGAUCGAAGUUCUCAUGGAUCGGAAGAUUUGAAAGCCCAUAUACACCCUAUUUAUCCUGGAGCCAGAGGAGAGAAGGAAUCACGACGACACGGCGCUUAUGUUCAGAACGUUCAUCAUGUUUAUACGUACUUGGCCGCCGCGCUACUCCCGCCCACCAGUGGAUAUCUGCGUUGAUUCUUUCGGAGGCUUUCCAUUUCGUCGGAUAUCUUGC